AUGGCCGCCCUGGAAGCUGAACUCAGCAAGCUCACUCUUUCGAGUCCUUCCGAGGACAAAGGGAAACAGAAGGAGAAGGAGAGAAAUGACCGUUACAACACGGAUGACGAGGAUUUCGACGAUGAACCUAGGGAAAUCCCGCCUUUCAGAUUUUUCGACCUACCUUCGGAAAUCCGUUUGAAGGUGUAUGAAUACGUGCUAUUCGGAGAAACGAAGAGGAAAGGACCACCGCGCACAAAUGGCAACGCGGGCUCGUCACGCAAAAAUAAAAUUCCAGCGCCCUUGUCCCAUCGACUUUCCCUUUUUCUUUCGUCGCGACGCAUCCAUGGCGAAGCCUCGGUUCUGUUCUACUCUGUGCAAACAUUCCGCGUUUUUCAGAUCCAGGAUUACUCUAAACAACCUACGCUAAUCAGCCUUGCGCCGUCUUACCGACCACUUAUAAAAAAGAUUGAACUCAUCCUAGGAUCAAGCUGGACCGCACCUCCAAAGUCAUGGAAAGUCACGAAGCACCUUGGCUUGACGGAAAUGACGGGUGUUCGGACAUUGAAGAUCUUUAUCCAGUGCGAUCCAUCGCAUCCUGUCUUUGAGGGGUUCCGAGUUUCUUCGGACUUUUAUACUGGAUUCGCCGGGGGUUUGGUGCAGAAGAUCCUGGAACAGUUGCCGAAUUUGGAACAGGUUGAGUUUGACGCUUGGCCGUCGGUGCAAAAAAGUGGUCCUUUGAUGAGACGCUUGCUUUCCGAGGUAAGGGCCACGAAUGUAAAUAUUCACUGGGGACCUGAGCGUGGAUGGAAUGAUUGGGAAGAUGAAGAUUGGAAUGCUCCUGCAAGCAAACCGGUGGCCGUCAGCGGACAUAAGAGUUCCGUGCCCGUCACUUUUAGGAACCAUGUAUCGGCUACGGGCAUAACGACAGUCUCUCUUCAUAUUGACAGCUAA